UUUUGGUUAGCUUCCAAGAUGGCGGUCAUCUUGGAAUAUAGGCUGAUUUCGAAAACAAUAGCAACAAAAUUCCAUAUCACGAGGAGGGGCUUGCAGCCAUGAAUAAUUCAAGUAAGACUUCAUAUUAUAAUGAAGUCUCAAGUACAGAGACUUCACAGUUGAGUGAAGUUGCCCCGCGUGAUAGUGACCAAGAAACUCCAAGACCCCAACUAUCUUUCAAAAGCAAUGAUGAUGAAAUUUUAAGAGAAGUGUGUUUGAAUAAUGGAAUCAAUUACAAAAAGUUAUACCUGGAGGGUCCUGAGACAACAGUAUUGGAGAUGUUCUUCUCUGGUUAUCCCAGAUUAAUUGGGAUGCAUCAUUUUCCAAACUUGACUACGCUCACUGUGAUUGGGCAAAGUGUGACUAGAUUAGAAGGUUUAAGUGAUUUACCAAAUCUAGAUGAGCUCUGGAUAGCAGAAUGUCAACUCACAAGAAUUGAAGGCUUAGACCACUGUACGUCUUUAACAAAGCUGUAUCUUUAUGGCAACAGAAUUUCUGUUAUAGAAAAUAUACAUCAUCUGAUAAACAUUAAAAUACUUUGGUUAAACAACAAUCUUAUAGAACACAUUGAGAAUCUUCAUACUCUAACUAAACUCCGAGAAUUGAACAUAGCAGAGAACUUGAUUGAAAAAAUUGGAAAUGCUUUAGUCUACAAUAUAAAUUUGGAGGAACUUAACCUAUCUGGCAAUCCACUGUGGUCACUAAGGGACUUGACAUGUCUAGUGAAACUCCAGAAACUAACAAGACUAAGCCUGAAAGAUCCCCUCUACCAUCCAUGCCCUGCAAGUCACCUAUGUAACUUCUCUACACAUGUAUUAUACCAUCUACCCAAGCUAACCUGCCUUGAUACACUGGAUAUUACCUCCAAACAGCUUGCUGAUUUAGUAGAGGGAACUGUCAAUAAGAAAAAGAUGUUUUAUAAUAUGAGAGCUAAGACUAUCAGACGUAAUAUGUCAGACCUGCUCAUGCGACUUGAAGAUACCAGCAAAGAGCUUUUAGAGCUUCCACAUAGCAAACUAAAAGUAAUAAACUUUGUCAUAAAAGAGAUGGAAAGAGAAAUUAUGAUGGAAACUCAGAUUACUACAGAAGAAAAUGAAAAAGAAUCAGAAAAAUACAAAUCCUCCUUCAAAGCGAAGCUGCAAAUGAUAAAGCAGAAAAAAAGUAAAUGGGAAAAAAAGGCACAUAACAUUGAGAGUUAUGCAAAACUUUCUGAGACUCGUGUACGUCAAAUGGCAGAUAUGAUGGUAAAACGUCUGCUAGUUGAGCUAGAGACAGGUGGAAAUGUACGAUUUGAAGAUGGCCUUGCUACUGAUCCUUGGUUCUCAUCUUGUCAUGACCUUGUGUUGUCACGAUUUUGUGCUUAUGACUAUCGUGAUCUUGGUGUUACUGGCAUUAAGAUUCAUCGCAUUACCAGGAUCCACAAUAGAAUGCUUCGAACAAGAUUUGAUAAAUCUAUAGUCACACAGACUGAGAGCAACAAAGGAGAAUAUUACCCAGGGUCAAAAAAUACAGCCUACAAAAAAUCUUUGGAGUAUUUGUUUUGGAUGUCUGACCCAGCAAUGGAAGGUGGCCUAAAUGAAAGCUUCAGGAUUCCGGAAGAAGGAUUUAUGAGUGCUGAAACAUAUUUGAAACUAAAGAGAGAUGGUGCUGUACCUUUGAGCAACAGCAUCAGUCUUGCAGACAGAAGGAGAAUUAACUACUGCCUCAAAACAGCUGUUGAUUCUGAUCAGGAAAUUGAUAGCUGCCCUUUUAGAUAUGGUCACUUGAUUGUUGCAAAGGCACAUCUUGGAAAAAGUGUGAUUGCCAAAGAUGACCUAUUAAUUACCAUGGAACACUAUCCUAAGAUGGAUUCUGUUUUCAAACCAAGAAAAAAAUGUAUACCAAAUGAGAAAAAGGCAGAGGAGGAUGGCUGUGAGUGCAGUUCAAGACAAUGUGAAUGGUAUAUUUUCAAUAGCAAUCUUGUUCUCCCUGAAUACAUUAUUGAUUUUGAAUAUAUUACUCGGCUGAAGUCUCAAUGUCCUUUUCAACAUCUGAAUGAAGAUCUACUCAGCGAACAACCCCAGAAAAACAGUAUACCUGUGGUGUGGCAAGGGGAAGAUGAUAGUGACAGUGACAGUGAUAUCAUUAAAAUGGAGCCAGAAAUAAAAUCAAGACAAAGAGUAUCUUUGCUGACUGAAAGGGUGAUACUACAAGCUGCCCAUGCAACAGCUCUUGAUAAAAUCACAGUGUUGAACCUUCAUGGUAAUGGCAUAACUAAGCUCCGACCAUUGCAAGCUCUCAGCAAACUGGAUGUGCUCAUUGUUAGUUUUAAUGAACUAACUCGACUGGAUGAUUUAUCAAACAUGCAAAUGACAGUUUUAGAUGCAAGUUUUAACAAGAUUUACACAUUGGAUGGAAUGAAGGGGAUGACUAAGUUAAAAGAGUUAAAUGUUUCAUGGAACAAGCUGGUCAACACACGAGAGGAGCUCUCCAUCCUGCGAAAACAUCUUAGCUCCCUGCAUGUAUUAGAUUUCCGGAACAAUCCCUGGUUAAAGGCUAGGGACCUUCGGCUGCGUGCAAUAGGAAGACUUAGAAAUCUUGAAGUUCUUGAUGAAAAGAAAGUGGAAGAUGAGGAAGCUGCUCUGGCACUCCGUUGUGCUGCUGGCUCACGGAUUUCACAGCUGUCUUUGCUAACUCACUCGCGCACGGAUAGCACUGUCCCAAGAUCUUUGUCCUUAGGAGAUUCUGCUCAUGUUAUCACUAUGAUCAGUAGGAAUCGCCCUCUGAAGACAUGUGAAACUGAUACCAAGUGGUAUUCGCAGAUAACAACGUUGAAUCUUGAUAAUCAACACAUUACAAAGUUGUCCAACUUGGAAAGACUUGAAAACUUGCUGUGGGCUUCUUUUAAUAACAAUGAUCUUACUCGGAUUGAGGGGCUUGAUAGCUGCACCCAACUCCAAGAACUUUCAUUAACAAACAAUUGCAUCGCCCAUCUGGAAGGUCUCAGUAAACUGAGUUGUAUUCAGAAACUUGAUCUCUCACAUAACUGUUUGACUAGCAUUGACACAGGUGUCCUAGCAAAUAUGUUAUCCUUAGCUUCUCUGUCCUUGGAGUCAAAUCGCCUGACCAGUCUGGCUGGACUUCAAAAGUGCAAUGCAUUAACAGAGCUCUACAUUGGGAAUAAUACCAUCUCCAAUAUCAGAGAGGUCUUUCUUCUAAAGUCAUUGUCCAACCUGGUAAUACUGGAUAUGUAUGGAAACCCAAUGGUGACUGCUGUAGAAAAUUACAGGUUGUUUGUCAUUUAUCAUUUGAGAUCCUUGAAGGCAUUGGAUGGAUCUGCCAUUGCACAGAGAAAUAUACGCAAGGAAAUGGCUUUGUAUCAAAAAACACAGGCCACUUUAGAUCUGCUUUUACUUGAUUUGAAUAAUUCAGCUUCUCAGGAAAUGCAGGAUUGUACGAUGGCAAAGGAUUUAUUUGGUGGGCGUCUCACUCCAGAUUUCAUUGCUGAAAGGCUUGGCCAUUCUAUCUUCUCAGAAGUUAGAGAAUUGGAUUUGCCAAACUGUGGAAUAAGAACAGUGGACUUAGGUUCAGAACUUUUUGUGAAUCUUCGCAGUGUUAAUCUGGAGCACAAUAAUCUCCUGUCUUUCAACGGGCUGAUCUAUUUAGUAAAUUUAAGGGUACUGUGCUUGAACCACAAUCACAUAGAGAGCUUGUUACCAAAGCCUAAACAGUCUCAACAAGCUCUGAAGAAACCUGCCAUCAGCACCACAUCAAAGAACGCAGAUAACCUGCCUGCACCUGGAACACCAGUGUUGGAAAAUCUUGAAGUUCUACACCUAGGUUAUAAUGGUAUUAAAGAUAUGGCUGCUUUGCAACUUAAUCGUCUUCCUUCACUCAAGGCACUGUUCUUGCAAGGUAACGAAAUCACCAAAGUUGAAGGUUUAGAUGGUUUGCAUGAUUUAAGGGAACUAGUUUUAGACAAAAAUAAAAUCAAACAGCUAACAGAGUUUUCUUUUGCAAACCAAUGGAAUCUUCAAGAGUUGCACAUGGAAGAAAACCGUCUGCGAGAUCUCUCUGGUCUCUCAUGCUUAGAAAACUUGAUGCGGUUAUAUUUAGGCUCCAAUAGAAUUACAGAGCAAAUGGAUUUAGAAAAGCUGGACUCCAUGCGUUAUCUGACAGAAAUUUCCCUAAUUAAUAACCCUGUUUCUCGACGGAUGAUCCAUAGGAUUAUAUUGAUACAUCGCUUGCCUCGCUUGACGGUUAUAGAUGGCAUUACAAUUACUGAUGAAGAAAGGUCGAGGACAGAACUUCAUUUUUCUGAUCAGGUUCUUCAGCUUGCAGCACCACCUGUGAUUGGAGUGGAGAGUGGCUUCCCAGGUUUAGGUCUGUAUAAGCCAAGCGUUCAGGUCAAAGUAACAAACAUGCAACUAAACUCUGCAUCAAUGUGGGGCAAUACCACUUUCUCAGAAGAAGAUAAUGGACAAAGAGCCCGUGCAAAACGACCUACCCGUGAUCCUUCAAGACAGCCAUUUGGUCUUUCUGGGGGAAACACUUCAAUGGCACAAAAUAAUAAUAGCAACAGCCGUAUUCAGUACACAUACCUUAAUCAAACAACUUACAAUGGACAGACGCCAGAAUAUAUGGAAAGUAUCAACAGAUUGAACCAGCAGAGAGGCAACAAAAGAUAGCUAUUUGAUCUUGGGCAAUUAAUCUUCAAGACUAUUUAUGUCUUUAAAUCAGUAUAAUAAUAUAAAAUUUUCCUUUCAAAUAUAGUUGACAUUUUAAAUUUGAAUAUUAUAAUAGGAUAACAGUCACUUUAUACUAAAAGGUAUUGGAUUAGAAUGUCAAGUUUACUUUAUGCCCUUACAAUUAUGUUAAAGAUUCUCAGGUGUUUAAAAUCAUGCUUCUUUUUUAUUGAGAAUCAUCAAAUCCAAGUGAUGAUUUUUUGAAUACUUUUGAAAUAUAUCAAGGUUUGAUCUUUGGAAUAAUGAUAUGUUUUUUUAAUGACUAGAUAAGAAUCAAUAUAUGAUAAGUUUUUUUGAAAAAUAUUAUUUAAUACUGUUGUGUGCUGUGGUUUUUCUGCCUUAAAUCAUUUUGUAACCACAUGUGAUACUGCAAUGGAGAAUAAUUAAUGUUAAAAUGUGUAUUCACUUCAGUGAAUAACUGAAAUUUUUUCAAUUUUUUUUUUAAUAUUAACUUGUGUGCAAUAGUGCUGCUUCGGUGAAUUUUAAAAAUUCUUAUUUAUUCAACUGGGGGUAAGUGUAAAAUAGAAUAUCGGAGUAUUGAGUAUUAUAAAUGUACAAUUACUACUUUGUUUUUCAAAAUGCUACAAUAAUUAACUAGUUUACAUCCGUCAUCUGGGAAUCAAAAACAUUUUCAUUGUUUUGUGAACAUGCAAGAUAUAUUUUUUUUAAUGUAUUAACAAUGACAUUGAUAAGUUAUUCACUUUGGAACAUAGAUGUGCUUAAAUGUUUACAGUGUGAGGGUGCAUAUAUCUUUGUUUCUUAAGGUGUAUUAAAAAUAGUUCACGUGACGUAAACGCCAUAUCAGUGCCAGAUGUAAAUAUUUUUAUUUCAGAAUCAACUUUGAUAAAAGCAUCCAUCUUUGAAAUAUUUACUUUCUAAAGAAAGAAUGCACAUUUUUAUUUUAUUAAAAUGUUUGUAAAAAAAAUUUAAUUGGUCAGUUUUAUCACCACUACAAACUUUUUGCAUGUGAGUUUUGAAAUAUUUUUUUUUUACUUUGUUUACAAAUAUUUCAAGCCAUUCCAACCCAGUACAUUUUAUCAAAAGUAAUUACUUUUAAAGAUUGUUUAUCUGGCAACUACUGUUUAUAAUUGUAUAAAAAAUAAUAGUAAGUGAGCAUUAUGUUAAAAUGCUGAUUAAAGAAAAAACAAACU